GGAUCGCUCCGUCCCGGCGUUCGGGAGCUGCGGGCGCCGAGCGGGAGCCGGAGCUGCGGCCGAUCGCGGGCAGGGAGCGCCCAUCCGCCGCUAUGUCCCACUCGGUGGUCCUGCGCGGCCCUUCUCCGUGGGGCUUUCGCUUGGUGGGCGGUAAAGAUUUCAGCGCCCCGCUGACCAUCUCCAGGGCAGCAGACAGGGGGACGGUGCCUCUGCAUGGGUGGUUAACCAGAGAGGAGGGUUUCAUGUGCUGCUUAGGGAUUGACUCUUGCAGCAUCAAGAAAGAACGUUGUAGGGGAUGGCUCCUGGAGACCUGGGGCUUACCUGGGAGCUCUGACAUCCAACCUCAGAUUAACCCUGGCAGCAAAGCAGCCAUGGCAGACUUGUGCCCAGGAGACAUUAUUCUGGCAAUUAACGGAGAGAACACGGACAACAUGACGCAUCUAGAAGCGCAAAACAAGAUCAAAGCGUGUGUGGACCAGCUGCUGCUCUCUGUGAACAGAGCUGAAGGAAAGACCUGGUCACCCCCUGUUCUGGAAGAUGGCAAAGCUCAAGCAUACAGGAUCAACAUUGAGCCGGACCCACAGGACAGUGGCCCUGCCCAGAACAGGAGGUCGAUGCCCCAUGGAUCUGGGGGCAGCCCCAUGGACAACAAGCAGAUGCUGAACAUGCAGCAUCACCAACCAACCCGGCUCUAUGCGAACAACAGCUCUGAGGUGGCGCUUCCAGGCCAGCUGAGCGGACUCCACAUCUCUCCUGCCCACAGCAUUGACCCUGUGAAGUCUCUCCCACGGAACAGAAAUGGGAUUGAUGUGGAGUCGGAUGUCUACAAGAUGCUUCAGGAUUAUGAAAAGCCUGUUUCAGAGCCCAAGCAGUCUGGAUCCUUCCGGUACUUACAGGGCAUGUUGGAGGCCAGUGAGAAUGGUGAAAAACUCGACAAACUGAGCAACCCUCGAAACAUCAAGUCCCCAGUGCCAAAGCUUGGUGGUCCCAUGUCUGGGCUGCAGAUGCUUCCCGAGUGCACGCGCUGCAGGAAUGGGAUCGUGGGCACCAUCGUCAAGGCUCGGGACAAACUCUACCACCCCGAGUGCUUCAUGUGUGACGACUGUGGCCUCAACCUGAAGCAGAGAGGGUAUUUCUUCAUCGAGGAGCAGCUGUACUGCGAGACGCAUGCCAAGGAGAGGGUUAAGCCCCCCGAAGGAUAUGACGUGGUGGCUGUUUAUCCAAACGCCAAAGUUGAACUCGUCUAAAGCCGGGCUGUGCUCUGGAGAGGUCGGGCGGCCGUGCGCCCACCCACGUCCUGCCGGCUGCGAGCAGUGGGGCUGGAAUCAACCCCGAAUACCAAAGCCCAAGUUAAAAUGCCUUUUCUAGAUAAAACCGUUUACACUUGGGAUCUCCGGGGAAUGGUGUUGAAAGCAUUCAAACAGGUUUUGCCCUUCUUUUUGACACUCUGCUUUUUGCUGUGUUGGGUUAUUAGUCUGUGCUGUAAUCUUAUCCAAGAUCUGUGUAAAUAUUGAUUAAUUCUCUACUUGCUUUCAUAUAAAGCCUGUAUUCCUUUUUUUUCUUUUUUUUUUGUGCCCUCCUCCUACUGAAGAUGUGUUAAAAGAUGUUUUAAAAGCUCAAAGAAAAUAAGGCACUUUAACAAAAGAAGCUGUCUCUUAUGUCCUGACCCUAAUUUCCUGUCCUGUGGCUGCCCCAGUGAUAAAAAACAACCUCUGAGAGUCAGGAUGAUACCAGUGGAUGCCUCACUCAGCUGUGUCCCAACAGAUGUGCCAAGGAAGGGUGGUCUCCUAAAACAGUAAUUAUAGUGAAACUCUGUGGACCAGGGCAACUGCAUUUGAGGCUGACAAGGACUGAUUCGAGUUCUUAACGUAUCUCCCCACUGAGUGUGUGAUGAGGGUUUUUUCUUCCUUCUUCUAAUUCAAUUGUUUUGUCAUCUAAUCACUCAAGCACACAUUGAAAGGACACUGCAGUAGUCUGGAGCACCCUUUGAUUAUCCUCUCCUCCUAAAUUUCUGCCCACAGCUGCCUCUGCUUUGGCCAUUGUGACUAUUCCCCAGUUUUUGCUAUAAUUUUGCCAUCCUUUAUUUCUGGAUCCUCAGAUUGCUGCUAUCUGGGUCUGCCUCCCAGCAGUGAGGGGAUGUUAAAAUCCCUCCAGGAACUUAGGGAAUAACUGGAGCUUGGGUGAGUCCCAGGUCCCAGGGCAACAGGAUUGUAUUUAUACCCAUCUCCCAAGGCUGUGCUUUCAGCCAGCUCCAUCAUCUACUUUAUUUGACAGGGGAAAGAUUUUGUAGAUCUUGAAAUGUUUCUUUGUUAGAGAAAUGUGGAUUUUCUCAUGCUAGUGCUUAGAGAAAGGGGAGAGAGAGAGAGUUGAGUUGCUCAGCUGUUGGGUACUGGUGUGCAAGGUGAUGGGAGCUGUGUCACUGGUGCCAUGAGGUUACUUCUGCUUUGCAACAGCCCCACUCUUCUUCCUCCUCACUUUGAGAGAGGAAGGAUGUAGGGGAGAAAAAGAAAUGCUUAUGCUUGCUUACCUUCCAUGGAAAAGGAAAAAAAAGAAAUGGGGUGAUGGUCAAAGCCUCCUGGCUCUCUAUAAGAGGGAAAAUUGGGAAUUGGAGGAGAGUUGGGAGCAUGAUCCUAGUUGGGGCUGAGUAGUUAAUUUCUUCCUACAGGUUCUGCACCCCAGAAGGGAUUUUUGGGUGUUACUGGUUUACAUUUAGACUACUUCAUGCAGUGCCUCACAGGGACACAACAGUUCCUGCCCUUGCUCUGCAGCCUCCCAGCACCCCAGGCUCCCUCCAGCUUGGUACCAUAGGGAUGCUGGCUGUGUGCAUUCCUGCUAGCAGCAGAACAUCCACCUCCCCCUCCUUCUGCCACCAGGAAUUUUUAAUUAUUAAAGUACAAGAAACAUGGAAAUUUUCAUCACAGUGCUGAACCAUGUUUUUCUUGUAUUUGUGUGGCCUUGCUUGGUCAGUUGGACCCUCUGAAGGGGGACUGUUUGGAACAAGUGUAAAUGAGGAGACAUGGUAAUCAGAUGGGAAGCAUUACUGCCCUGGUUUGCAGGACUGGACUUGGAGCUCCUUAGGUUGCUCUUGUUAGAAACAUUUAUUCUGAAUCCCUCUGUUAUCCUUAUACAUUGCUGGUUUGAGCUUUGGUGCCCGUAGCUUGAGAGUUCAGGCUUCACCCAAAUCCAGACUGAAUGCAGCAUGGCUGCAUGGUGGAAGACUCAUUACAUCAAUGGCAGAGGAUGCCUUUCCCUGGUUUCCAGGCAGACAGUUGGAGCUGCCAGUGGUGCUGUUUGUCACUCCCUGGGGUUCUUGUCCCCAUUUGACUCCACCUGCAUGGUGGCCAUGGCCGGCAGGAGUCUGCAGCCCUGAUACAGGGAACACCAAGAAGUUCAUAAGUUGGUUCAUUGCCCUCAUUUUAAACAGCCAGCUGAGCAGACUCCUGCCAGGGCACCCUUGGUGGUCUUGCUUGGCUGCCACACUGGUACAGCACUGGGAAUGCUGGGCACGGAGCUAUUCUUUUAAUUUGAUCCCAAGUUCCCUCAAAUCAGUAUUUCCACGUGGCAUCUCAUGAUACCCUUUCUUAGGAGUAAUCAGUUCACCUGGUCCCCCUGCAGAGUUUGGAGCUGCCUCACACAGGCCCAUCCCAGGGCACCCCAGGGCUUCAGGCCACCCUGUUCCUGUUGUGGGGCUUGCAGGAGCAGCCACAAGCGAGCGUCGCCUUUUCUGUCACCAGAUAAUGCUGUUAAACUGUAAAAUCUGGGGAGGGUGCUGUUUGUAUGAAACAAAAAAUAAAAUUGUAUUAUGGGUUUUGUCUCACA